ACUCAAAUCUACAAUCUGCAACCGACAAUGGGUUCCAUAGGGACACCACCAAUAAAUCCAGAAAACGGCUCAUCAACGUCGGUCCCAGACGGCGGCCAAAAGUCUCAAUCCGGUGUUGUAGACAGAAUACCUCCACCUGCGGCGGAAGAAAUGACGAUGAUUGAAUCUGAAUCAUUGAAGAAGAGAAAGGCGAGUAUUCUGCCUCUGGAAGUCGGUACUCGCGUUAUGUGCCGUUGGAGAGACGGCAAGUACCACCAGGUGAAGGUCAUAGAACGGCGUAGGAUGCAGUGCGGUGGUCCUAACGAUUACGAGUAUUACGUGCAUUACACAGAGUUUAAUAGGAGGCUUGAUGAAUGGGUGAAGCUUGAACAACUAGAUCUUGAUUCAGUGGAGACUGUUGUUGACGAGAAGGUUGAAGACAAGGUUACAAGCUUGAAGAUGACACGACACCAGAAACGUAAGAUUGAUGAGACACAUGUGGAGGGCCAUGAGGAGCUUGAUGCUGCCAGCUUGCGUGAACAUGAGGAAUUCACAAAAGUAAAAAAUAUAGCCACUAUUGAACUUGGAAGAUAUGAGAUUGAGACAUGGUAUUUCUCUCCCUUUCCACCAGAAUACAAUGAUUCUGUCAAGCUGUACUUUUGUGAGUUUUGCCUCAGUUUUAUGAAGCGUAAAGAACAGCUUCAAAGGCAUAUGAGGAAGUGUGAUCUCAAGCAUCCCCCGGGUGAUGAGAUUUACCGAAGUGGUACGUUGUCAAUGUUUGAGGUUGAUGGCAAGAAGAAUAAAGUUUAUGGACAGAAUCUUUGCUAUUUGGCAAAACUGUUUCUUGAUCAUAAGACCCUAUACUAUGAUGUUGACCUAUUUCUAUUCUAUGUUUUAUGUGAAUGCGAUGAUCGAGGAUGCCACAUGGUUGGGUACUUUUCCAAGGAAAAGCAUUCGGAGGAAUCCUAUAACUUGGCAUGUAUUCUUACCCUUCCUCCUUACCAAAGAAAAGGCUAUGGGAAAUUUUUAAUUGCCUUCUCAUAUGAACUUUCCAAGAAAGAAGGUAAAGUUGGCACACCUGAAAGGCCUCUUUCUGACUUGGGGCUGUUGAGCUACAGAGGAUACUGGACACGAGUUCUCUUGGACAUCUUGAAAAAGCACAAGGGAAAUAUUUCUAUCAAGGAGCUUAGUGACAUGACAGCCAUCAAGGCAGAGGAUAUUUUGAACACCCUUCAGAGCCUAGAAUUGAUUCAAUACAGGAAGGGGCAACAUGUUAUCUGUGCGGAUCCAAAAGUGUUGGAUCGCCAUCUAAAAGCUGCUGGUCGUGGUGGUCUUGAGGUUGAUGUUAGCAAAUUGAUCUGGACUCCUUAUAAAGAACAGGGUUGACUGUGAGCUACUAAUUUCUCGUUGUAGCUCGACUUGUAGCAUUUCCUGUAUAAAUGUAGCACUUAGAAAAUGAAAUUAGGUAUAUAUUGCGCUUGGAUAGGGACACCCAUGCUGCUUUUUAUUAAUGAUAUAUUCUUAUUUUGCAUGAUGA